CACAGAUCCGGAAGCGCGCAGCGUGGCGAUCAGUGGUGCGCCUUGUCCUUCGGACACAGUGGAUCAACGGAAAGAGCCAUGUCAUGUGAUCAGCUGUGUCCAAUCACAGCUGAUCACAUGGUACUGAUGAUCAGUGUAGCCCCUGUGGUGCCACCUGUCAGUGUCCAUGAAUGCCAGCUGCCAGUGCUCAUCAAUGCCACCUGCCAGUGCCCAUCAGUGCCUCAUCAAUGCCACAUAUCAGUGCCUACCAGUGCACAUCAAUGCCACAUAUUAGUGCCCAUCUGAGCUGCCUUUCAGUGUCACCUAUCAGUGCCACCUAUCAGUGCUGCCAAUCAGUGCCAGUCAGUGCCGCCUAUCAGUGCGCAUCAGUGCUGCCUAUCAGUGCCACUUAAUAGUGCCCGUCAGUGCUGCCUAUCAGUGCCACUUAAUAGUGCCAGUCAGUGCUGCCUAUCAGUGCCAGUCAGUGCCACCUAUCAGUG